CUGCGAAUUACUGCCGAUUCAUCUUGUUUAUCACGCAUUUUCCAUUCUCAAUCAUUUGAAUUCGUUAAAUAACGCGUGCAAAAACCAGUUAAAAGCGAGGGCUAAAUUCUAAAGAACCAGUUUGCAAAUAAACCAGCUCCGCUCACAAUCAACUCGUCGUAGGGGUGCUGUAGCUGCUAAAUACUGUCGCAGUUUCAGUUUUCGAGCUCCGCUCGCACGAAACGAUCGAUUCAUUUAUGAAUUCGCAACGAAAUUAAACUAACCAACGAAAUGUCCGUGACUGGCAAGCCUAUUUUGUAUUCAUAUUGGCGCAGUUCGUGCUCGUGGAGGGUGCGGAUAGCCCUGAACUUGAAAGAAAUCCCGUACGAUAUUCGGCCCGUUUCACUUAUCAAAGCUGGCGGUGAACAGCACUCGAAUGAGUUUCGAGAGAUUAACCCCAUGGAACAAGUGCCGGCGUUACACAUCGACGGAGUCACCCUGGUGGAGUCGUUGAGUAUCUUGAGCUACUUGGAGGAGACGAGGGUCCAGAGGCCGCUGCUGCCGCCAGACGUGGUAAAGAGGGCAAAGGUGCGCGAAAUUUGCGAGAUCAUCGCCUCCGGAAUCCAGCCGCUGCAGAACCUGGUGGUGCUCAUCCACGUCGGCGAGGAAAAGAAAAACGAGUGGGCGCAGCACUGGAUCAACCGGGGCUUCAGGGCCGUGGAGAAGUUGCUGUCGGCCAGCGCCGGCAAGUACUGCGUCGGCGACGAGAUCACGCUGGCGGACUGUUGCUUGAUUCCGCAAGUUUUCAACGCGAGGAGGUUUCAUGUCGAUCUGAGACCUUUCCCGAUAAUUUUGAGGAUCGACAGGGAACUGGAGAACCACCCGGCUUUCAGGGCGGCGCACCCCAGCAACCAGCCCGACUGUCCCCCCGAAGUUGCCAAGUAACGUGUUUUUAUUGCUCAACUGAAGUACAAAUUGUUUCAGGCGGAGCACCGCUGCCAGACUUGAAGCGGGGGUUUUAUGCAAAUUGGCGAAAUAACGUCCG